AUGGUAUGGUCAGCCAUAAACUACGGACAACGAACACAAUUGCAUUUAUUGAUUAGCAAUUGGAUGCACAAAAAUACCGUGAUGAGAUCCUGAGCCCCAUUGAGGCUUUUUUUUUCUGUGACCAUAUCUGUAUUCCCAUUCAUGUGAAAUCCAUCAAUUAGGGCCUAAGGAAUUUAUUUCAAUUGACUGAUUUCCUCAUAUGAACUAUAACUCAAUUAAAUCUUAAAUUGUUGCAUUUUGUUCAGAAUAUUUUUUUCUAUUAAAGUGUGAUUUCAUUUGUUUUUUUGUGUGGAAAACCUGAAGAAAUGGGAAAACAAACCUGGAAAAACAGAAUAGCAUUUUGGGGAAAAUUCAAUGGAAUCGGGAAGAAAAUUAGGGCCCUGCAAUUCACAUGAAUGUAGUGUUAAUAAACUACUUCCUUUAGCCCAGCAUCCUACAUAGUUCUUGGGAGAAUCUCAAUUGCAUAGUCCUCGUGUCCUCUCCUCAGAAAUAUUGAAUUUAAAAAAGGGGGGGGUUUGAGAAGGCGAGGAGAUGGGACGCAAGGAGUAUGCAUGCAAUUGCGAUUUGCCCCUCGACUUGAUUUCUAUUGUGAAUGAUUUGGUUUCGGUCUAGAGAAACGGCGAAUCUGGCUCACAAAAAAGACUUCGGUCAAUUUGUAGUUUAAUAGCCCAAAAAUUAUAAUUUGGUUGGUCGCUCAGCACUAACAAAUAUAACGCACCCAUGUAUUCUCCCUCAGUGGUAACUUGUGAAGAACCAAUUGAUAUAAUGAAUGGCAUGAUCUCAGAGAAGCCUGACAAACAGUUUCCAGAGUAUGGGGAUGUCAUACAGUAUUCCUGUGAUGAAGGUUACACCCUCAUUGGAAACAAAUCCAUUGAGUGUGAAGAAGAUGGUGAAUACAACUCAUUCCUUCCUGAAUGCAAAGAUGUCAAUGACCUUCCUUUGAAACCAACAACCAUAUCAGCAUCAAUGACAACAUCGACUGUUGCACCCACAAUACAAGAUGUCAAUGACAUUCUUUUGAAACCAACAUCAGCAUCAAUAACAUCGACUGUUCCACCCACAAUACAAGUUUCAGGGAGACCUCAUGGUAUUGGUGAACAUGACAUCAACGCAGCUACAAGGAAUGCAGCAGUCGUGGGAAUUGUGAUCGUCAUAGUCAUAGUUACACUUGUGCUGUUCGUGUAUUAUUGUUUUCAGAAGAGGAAAGGGGCUAGGACUGCUCCUAUCUGCUAGUCUGGCAUCUGUGUCCUUGAAAAGAAGUGCCCAGUAAUUGUCUCAGACCAUUCCCUGGUUGAACAAAGCCACUUAAUUUACAGUGCCCUUUACAUAUGUGACAUUACUGAAUGGAAGUUAUAAUUGUACUUUUUUUAUGAUGUAAAUAUUUUUUGAAAGUCAAUGUAAAUGUUUUAACCCAAUGUUUAAUGUAUUUAUAUUGAAAACUGGAACAUGUGUAAUAAAAAGCUGUUUGCCUACAAA